CGUACAGUAGGCGAUGCUCAUUCGUUCAGGUCGACCUGAAACCUCAACUAAUUGGCGAAGUUGACGUUAGGAGUUUCACCGAAUGCAGACUUUGGGGCCAACAGCCUCAAUGGCAUCACGAACAGACACUCCAAGCAGGAUGAAGCUUCAGCCGCAUGUCCAAGGCUAUAGACCGUCCCUUCAUAUUUCAGUCGAAUUGCAACGCUUCCUCAACAUCGAAAGAGGCCUGCUGUGCAAAGCUGAUGGCUUGAUGGACAUUUGACAUGGGCAACUUUUGCUGCAUUUCAGCAUGACAGGACAUGGCGCCUAAUUCGACCGACGAUCAAGCAUCAGCAGCCUUGAGUGCCUGCGUCGUGCAGGACUUCGCCUUGCAAAGUGCUGGGACUGCCGACCCGACAAUUCUGAUGACUUCUUUGGUGGACGAUGCACAGAGGCAAAAAGCACAAGAGAAGCUUGAGCUUCAGGGCUAUUUCGCUGGCACAGGGACGACAAGCCUUGAGGUUCAAUUCCUUGGGAAUGAGAAGACGCAACUGGCCAAGGCGCUGCAGCAGCUCGCUCCCAAUGAUCCCAACAAGGUAUGGACGUUUCAAGACUUCCAGAAAGCGGUGGACGAUGCAAAGGUCAAAUGGGAGAGUAAGAAGAGACUUCAUGGAGGGUCGGUGCAACGGACCUUCCACAAAAUCAUGGGAAAAUUCAGAGUCCACUCGAAUCUGUUCAGCUUCAUACCAUCGGCUAGUGAGUAUACGUCGGUGAUAUGCUGGGCAGCAUCUGUGUUGGUGAAUGCCUCCGUUCAGCACACUGACACUGUCGAAGAAUUGGCCACCGUGAUGGAGGUCAUCAACGAAUCGGCCUCCAUGGUCGAAAGCGAGUCCAGACUGUUCCCAGGUGAAGCUGUCCAGCGAGCCGUGGCAAAAUUCUAUACUGCUGUCUUCCUUUUACUUGGUGACGUCGCAGUAUGGUACAGCUCCAACAGCCUCGCCAAAUUCCGCAACUCAAUGCAUGACGGCUUCCACAAGCAGUUUGCUAGUGCUCUGGAGAAUGUACAGCGCCUAUCUGAAGCUGUUGGCAGGACCUCGGACAUCGCGGCGGCUGCCGAGGGCAGGUACACCAGACUUACCGUGGAAGACCUUCGACGGGACAUUGAAGACCAACGAGCAGGUUUAUCGGGCGAGAUGAGAGCGAUUGCCCAGUCUUUAGUUGAUCAAUUCGCGGCUCAGGCCAGAAGGCUCGAGGAGCAAAACAGAUUGAAUCAUGAAGAGACACGACGGCAAAUCCUCGCGGCCCUCUAUCAGCAAGUGCAGGAUACCCAGGCCUCAUUCAAAGCUAUUGCCGAUUCUGGCAAGAACCUUCUUCAAGAAAAUGUUCGGACUGAUAUCCACGACCAGUUCAUGGACGAAAAUGGGAAGCAGUUGUUGUAUGUGCAACGUAACCUCCUGGCAUAUGAAAGUAACUCUGGCACCGACAAAAGUCAAGCCUUCCAGAAAGGAGGGCCAGAACAACGUAUCUUGCAAAUGCGAAGUCAGGUUGAAAAAUUGCUUGUCUACGUCUCGGAAGGCGGUCGAACUUUGGAUGAGCCAGCAGAACUCCUUCCACAGACGACACACGAACGAGUCGUGAUUGCCCUGGGUAAUUUUCUGGAAGCAACCAGCUCCACCAUGCUCUAUCUGGAAUACUCCUCAAUGUUGGGUAAUGUUCCAGAGAUAUCUUUGGUCGCCAAUCGGUUGGUAUUGUCGGCCGAUGCACUGAGAGCGCCCAUCAUCUCAUUUUUCUGCCGACAAAAUUCCUCCCAAGAGACGGAAGAGAAUCUUCGCGACAACAAUCCUCUUGUGGGAUUGAUAUAUUCCUUGACGUAUCAACUUCUGGAUCUAAUACCUGCGACGGGCAACCAAACAGGAAUCAGUAUCUAUGCAGACUUCGGAAAUCUCGAUGGGACAAGCUGGGAGGGAGCCUUGCAUGUAUUCAGCAAGGUGCUCACCCUGAUGCCACCAUUAAUGCUGUGUGUUAUCGACGGUGUUGAAGAGUUCGAGGCCGAAAGAGGGUUCGAAGUUGAGCAAUUGGUCAAGGUGCUGAGAAACCAUGUCGACGAUCCGAGCAAGACAUUCAAGGUCCUUUUCACCUCUAGUAAUCGCUGCUUCGCACUGCUUGAUUCUUUGCAAGGGGGUGAGAUAGAUAUUGUUGAUACAAGCAGUCACACUUUCGGCGGUAGUCGUGGAGGGAGGACACUAUUCAUAGUGUGAAGUUAAGGUUGGACCAUGGA